AUGUACGGCUACCUCGUAUCCACGUACGAGUCGGCAUCUCUCCGCCGUUUCCGCAACGGACGUGUAGACAAUAUCAGGUCUGCGCACGACGCGGCGCGAACCUGGGCUUCCGCCAUGCGCACCGCGGAGAGCUCGCCGCUCAACGAGGUGAGCAACGACUCACAGAAGAAGGUUUCCUUCAACCUGUACGGGGAGCAAAGGAAACUGGAACUGUUCGACGAGGCGGCUCGAAAGCAGACGACGAUCAUGGAAGCCAACAUUCUCGGCCGAGGAAUCGACAACCAUCUGCUCGGUCUGCGCGAGGCGGCCAGAGAGACCCUGGGAGAACUGCCGCCCAUGUUCACCGAUGACACUUAUAAGAAGAUGAUUGAGUUCAAGCUUAGCACUAGCCAGGUGGCAACAACAACCGAAGGCACCUUCAUGGGUUACGGCGCCGUGGUCCACGACGGCUACGGCUGCAGCUACAACCCCAAAAAGGAAAGUAUCAUAUUCUGCAUCUCCUCUUUCACCUCCUCGAGCGUAACCAACACUGAAGCCUUCAGGCAGUCCCUGGAAGAAGCAUUGGACUCCAUGAAGCUCAUGUUUCAGAACCGAAAGACAGAAGGUUAAGGAUUUGAAAAAAGUACGUUAUCGCUUUAGUAAGUUUAUUAUACUGCGAAAUGGAGCUUAUAUUAUAAUGCCAUUUCAAAACUCGUAGCUCCUUUUUAUGUUUGGACUCAGUGGUUAGUAGCCAAUUUCGUCGCGAUCACAAUAUAAUAUGAUAAUGUGAAGGUAUGCUAGAAAAAAAGAGAUAAUAGUUGAUAUUAGACGUGAAAUUGUGUGUAGUAGUGUAGUACGACUACAUAUAAACAAGAAUAUUGAAACGUAAAAUGCUUCUAGUUCAAUGCAUUUCUAUUGAAAGAAAUUCAAAUGAUUUCAAACAAAAUGUACCUUUUGGCGAACUACAUAAAUAUAAUGGC